AUGACAGUGAUUGAAAGUUUACACGAUUUUAGUGUAGAGAACAGUGGGAAGCGCAACCAUAGCAGAAAUUUCAAUAAAGAAGACCGAACCAAAGUAGUGAUGGUGUCUUCGUCCGACAGAGAAACUGUCAAAGCUGGUCCAGCUUACGAUUCCGGUGUAGAAUUAUUUACACCGCCAACUCCUCAGAACUCAGCUAUGAUGUGGAAAAAUUCCAACGUGAAUUCUAGGUAUAAAGAACUUGUAACUGAAUCUAAUGAUUCGUUUGAAGUAUGUGAGGAAUGCAACAAUCUUUUAGGAAAAUCGAAAGGCAUUCGACGAAACCUGGAGCAAAUCUGGCAUCAGCCGCCACAAGAAUUCAAACUGGUUUCAAUAGCUGAUUCGAGGGCCACCUCACAUUAUCUCUGUUAA